AUGGGUGAUCUCAACAACAGUGGCCCUGACCAUGGGCCAGCCGCCAACUCGGUCGGGUUGUUGUCGUUUGCUCCUGCUACUCGAACAACUGUCGUCACCACCACAACGACCACAACCACAACCUUUCCACCACUGCUCAUGAAACCGCCUCGGGCGACGCGACAUCUGGACCCCAAAUUAUAUCCCUUGGCUUCGUCUUCGACCCCAUCGUCGCUGAGAAACUUCAAGUUUGAACUUGGUGGACAGUCCGUCGUUUUUAGUGAGCCAGAAGACACUACAGGCACCCUCGAGGAGCUAAAUGAGAAGAAUCACGCGCUGAAAUCAUCUAACGGCGUCGUUCGGUCCAUCACGUCAUUCAGUUCAGAUGAUACUAAACUGCCUCAGCGCUUCGCCCCUCCGAGAGUGUCGAAGCACCCUUCCAACCACCCUUCAACCUCGAAACGCCGUGUCUUGCCCGCUGGGGAGACUGUCAUCCCCCAAAGACGAGUCCAGAGUGCCAAUACCUCUCGUAGGGAGGCCUUGCUACGAUCACCACUGUCUUCCGAAGUCGAAUCUCAGGAGAGCCUGUAUUCCAGGAAAGAACAGCUACGUAACAAGGCUAUGUUGUCAGAGAUAAAUAGACGGUUCCCGCGCCCGGAGACUCGAGCAGGCAAGCCGACACUCUUACAUGGCCCAUCCGAAGUUGAAACCGAGAACGGACUGGCGGCUGCGGGCGCGAGUCAAGAUACUGGGUAUGGCACGGCAGAGGAAGCUUCCCAGCAGACCCAGAUAGAGCCGAUGUCUCAGAUCUCAAGUUUUGGUGCCGUUGGGACCCAGGAUAUGUGCUUGCCCAGCCCUAGCUUGUCCCCAGUAGCUGCUAUGAACGCCCUGAAUGCCGAAUCUUCUUUCGAUUCGGCCGAAGAACCAGAAAUGGAUACCGACUCGAGCUUUGAUAACCACGAUGCGCGGUUUCCGAGCUUACGUGUGGACACCGUCAAAUCGUCAAAGCACAGCGUACCGCCUCCUAAGGACCUGGCCCGCCCUUCAUCCUUGAUGGACAUUCCCAACGUCCUGGACUUUUUCGACUCUGUUCCUGACGGCAUGAAGACAUACCUUAUGUACCAGUUACUGAGGCGAUGCCCCAAACCGACUCUCCAAUUUGUCGCAGACGUUGUGAAUCCCGCGUUGAAAUGCGAUUUCUUGGCUCUUUUACCGCUUGAGCUCAGCUUGAAUAUUGUCAAGUACUUUGAUGUACAAACUAUGUGUCGCGCUGCGCAAGUUUCCAAGAAAUGGCGACAUAUAAUCAACUCUGACGAGAAAAGCUGGAAAGAGUUGUUUGACAGGGAUGGGUUUGUCCUCCCAGAAGGGGAGUUGGAGCGCGCAAUCAAAGAAGGCUGGGGUUGGCAAUUUCCGAAUGGCAGUGAAGAUUUCGAACGGGAUCUGAGUCAGUCGGCCUUAAUUAAGUCUGAGCCAGAGACUGCGGCUACAACAUCCCUGGCUGGACCAAGUGACAGGCCUUCUUCGGGGCAUCGUCGACCCAAACGGAAGGCUUGUGGCCGUACCUCAAGUCGGAAAUACGCCAAGCGGAAGAUCUCAUCUAGUGGCACUGAUCACUCUGAUUCUGAUUGGAAGAAGGAUGUCUCUGCAACAGAGGGACCAUACGCCGCUGCAAAUGCUGCGGCAGCUGCUGUACCAUACCCAGAUGUUGGCUUGCCAUCACUUCGCGGUCUCCACCUCUACAAAUCUCUGUAUCAGCGGCACCAUUCCAUCCACAAAGGCUGGAUUAGACCAAACGUCAAGCCGAGACACAUCGCGUUUCGAGCCCACGAUCGUCAUGUUGUUACCUGCCUUCAAUUCGAUACCGAUAAGGUGUUGACUGGAAGCGAUGACACAAAUAUCAACGUGUACGACACCAAGACCGGCAUGUUAAGGGCGACGCUGGAAGGCCAUGAAGGUGGAGUCUGGGCUCUUGAGUAUUAUGGAAAUACUCUCGUCUCCGGAUCGACUGACCGGUCUGUACGGGUCUGGGAUAUUGAGAAAGCAAGAUGCACUCAAGUUUUCCAUGGGCAUACCUCGACAGUCCGAUGCUUGCAGAUCGUGUUACCUGUUGAGGUGGGCAAAAAGGCGGACGGUUCCCCUGAAAUGAUGCCUAAAGAGCCGUUGAUCAUCACCGGCUCCCGCGACUCAAACCUGAGGGUGUGGAAGCUUCCAAAACCCGGCGACCCCACCUACCACCAGAGUGGGCCACAUGUUGACGACACUGAUUGUCCCUACUUUGUCCGCGUACUUACCGGCCACGGGCACUCUGUGCGUGCGAUUGCAGCUCACGGGGACACUUUGGUGAGCGGCAGCUAUGAUUGCACCGUCCGAGUGUGGAAGAUCUCUACAGGCGAGACUCUUCAUCGACUUCAAGGUCAUAGUCUGAAGGUCUACAGUGUUGUCCUUGACCACAAGCGGAAUCGCUGUAUCAGUGGGUCCAUGGAUAACAUGGUCAAGGUGUGGUCCUUGGAUACUGGGUCAGUCUUGUACAAUUUAGAGGGCCACACGUCCCUGGUCGGUCUCCUUGACCUUAAGUGUGAUCGGUUGGUUUCGGCGGCUGCAGAUUCAACCCUUAGAAUUUGGGACCCGGAGACUGGCCAGUGCAAGAAUAUGUUGAGCGCGCAUACUGGCGCUAUUACUUGUUUCCAGCAUGACGGUCAGAAGGUCAUUUCGGGAUCCGACAGGACACUGAAGAUGUGGGAUGUCCGCACUGGGGAGUGCGUGCGAGACCUCCUUACCGAUCUGAGCGGUGUAUGGCAAGUCAAAUUCAAUGACAGGAGAUGUGUUGCUGCUGUGCAGCGUGAUAGCAUGACCUACAUUGAGGUUCUUGACUUUGGGGCUUCUCGGGAUGGAGUCCCUGAAGACCAGUUAGGACGACGAAUAAUCGUUGAUCGAGAGGGCCAUGAAGUCAGCGAUGCUGACGAGGAUUACGAUCUUUCUGAUGCCUAG